ACACACAAACUCACACACACUCACACAAACACACACUUACACGCACACACAAAGCCAAGAAGGACCCACAGGCGCUCUGACUCUCCCAGCUUAGUUAGCAUACUCUGCUGUGGAGCGGCUGUCUACAUCCCACUGUGAGUACUUCAGCUAAUUCUCCUCUCCUGCUUUUGUUUUUUUCUACCACUUUUACUCUGCUUACUUACACCUUUUUUUUCCGAGUGUCUGUCUCUGCACCCUAAAAUGUGUUUACACCAAUCUGUAUUCCAGCAGAGUGAUAGUUCUCAGUCUGAGACACGCUUUCCUUCCCUCCAAGAGCUGCUUUUGUUGGUAGCCUUUGUUUAACUCCCCACUGUGAUUGGUGGAGUCCAUUUCAAUCUCCUUGUUAUAGAAAACCGGCUCAUGCUGUCCUGGUUUAUGACCCAAGUGUGUGUUUUUCUGGUACCAGAAAUGUUGGAAAUGGAGCCGCUAUCUCGUGAGAGUUUUCAGGGGGGAGAGAAAGGAACAUGGGUUUGGGAAGGGAUGUGUGGUGAGGAGGGGGAGGAGGGAAGUGGGCCACUGAUGACAGAAACAGCCCCAUUCCUUUGGAAAUCUCCUCCCAUUCUGGGCUGCAGCCUCUCUGUCAGUUUGGAAACAGGGUUUGGGCUCUUCCGUGUUCACAGAGGGAGGGACAAGACAGGCGACUGAAACAGACAGUCCAAAGGAAUGAGUAGAGGAAGAAAAGUUUGAAUCUGAAGAAGGUGCGAUCAGAAAGUAUUUGGGACAUCCAAACUUUGUGAACAAAAGUAGACUCUUGGGGGCACAAAUUUGUUUUUGCAAAUGUUUGAUUCAAAUGUUUUUCUUUUCUUGUAGGUUGUCCCAAUGAUGACCUCCAAAGACAAAGGAAAUUAACAUUUCAGCAGGGAGGGAGAACUGUCAGCACAGCACAGACAGGAAACAGGAUUUGUGUGUGCGUGCGUGUGAGUGUGUGUGUGUGUGUGUGUGUGUGAGAGAGAGAGAGAGAGAAUGAGUGAGUGUGUGUGAUUGUACAGUAUGUACAAAAUUUGUGUUAUGAGGAGAAGCAUGUGCCUGGAUCCCUGAAGAAAAGCAUCUGAAAAAGGUAGACAGUGUCAUUUCCUGAAAACAAAAGCCGUAAGAAGUUGGUUUUGAACGUCAUGCGACUAUAAACCAUCGCUGACCACUUCAAGAAGCAGCUGGUUGAAGGACAGCGCCUCCCCCCGUCAACUACCUGUCCUACCCGCUAGUCAUCAUGCUGCAGCAGAUUUUGAAGGACAUGUACAUUGACCCCGAUGUUCUGAACGCUCUCAAUGAAGACCAAAAGAAGACCCUGUUCCUGAAAAUGCGCCAGGAGCAGGUGCGGCGCUGGAAAGAGCGGGAGGAGAAGCUGGAGAAUGAUGGAGGAGAUGCUGAGUGUAAAAGGACAAAGCCAAAAAAAGGUAAACCUCCAUCCUUCCACUAACAACUUUGACCCAACUUUGCUAACUUUCCUGCUUCCUGUUGAGCAAGUGCAACAGGCUGCAGCAAGUUUUUCAGACAUACUGACCCCGCUCUCAUGAACAAUCCUUCAGACAGAUCAGCCCUCUCAAGGACGAGAUUUUGAACCAUGCUAGCUGAUAAGUUUUCUGGGAAUUAGUUGAAAGUGUGAGCUGUAGAAGUGAGUGUGUGCUCUGGUUGUUACAAACUGUCCCUCCAGCUCAUUCCCCUUCUGUCAUUUGAGCAGCUGUUGGGUUAGACAGGCACUGUGUUUACCUGAAACCCACUUAAAAAGUUUCCUGGAAACUCUGGUCAGCAGACUGCAGCUGCUCUCUAUAAAUCUGACUGGAAUGUUUUAAAAUGUGAGAUUAGGAUGAAAGUGAUGGUGACAUCCGUGAUUUACCGCCAGAGGCCUGUUUGUACUUUAACUUACAUAAAGCUCCAUUUAUAUCUUACAACAGAGCGAUGACAUUGGGGGAUGAAUGUAAACAUCACACUGAUGUUAACAUUUACACAAGCAAAGAAAAAUGUGUUACACUGGAAUAAAAGCGUCCAAGUUGAAGAGUUUGAGCAGUUUUACUAGGAUGAAAGGGGUCGCACUGUGGAUGUAAAGUGUGUGGCAGUGUGUGUUUGUGUUCAGGUUUACAUGUAUGUAGCUUUUAGGCUCAUUUUUGGACCAUUUUGUUCCCGCAAUCUGAGAGACACAGACAAGUAUUAACUGGAUCGGAGAUGUCACUUGUGUCUUAAACGUUGAUGUUUAGGUAUCAACAUGGAAAGAUCUGCCUGACGGAGAUUAAGACUGGUGUAAAAAUGGUAGCACGGUGGAAUAGCAUUGGCACAGUGAGAAGUCGGUAAAUAAGUUCAAAGGGGAGGAUUCCUGUAAAAGAAAACAGUUGUGGUGAUCAGUGCACAAAAGAAAACAACCUGAAACUCGGGAGGCUGCAUGUCUGCGCUUAAACUGGUUUGACGCGAAAUGCAGAAUCUUGCCCGUCUGCAUUUUCUCUCUGGUGGCAGAAAGUUCAGCUGUGAGAAAUGAUGGUUUAAUGACACUGACAUAACAAAGAAUUUACAGUAUAUUUAUAUCAUAUGAAAGUAACGCCUAUGAUGAAGUACGCUACAGAGGCUUAAGGAUUUGACAGUUGAGGAUAAGAAGCACGUUGGAUAAAGCAAAUUUAUAAUCCUAAACAAACAACAACCCCAGGUCUUGAGAAAUGAGGUCUACGGGGAAGUGUUAAAAACUGCAGUACCUUGAGUCUCCACUUAAGCUGCCAUAACCACCAGAAGCUAUAUAAACCAGUGAAAAAGAACCAUCGUUGCAGCAAAAAUAAAGCGCUUAGCAUGACAAACAAUUCUAGCAAAUACAUCAUACAGGAGGGUGAUUUUUUGGCUUUCUUUGUGCCUCACUGGCUUUGAAGAGAUUUAGAUUAGUUUUGCUUAAUUCGAGGCACAACUUACUAAACUGACAAGACUGAAGCUGUAAUCAAGAAGACCAAUGGCCCACCUUGACCCCACCUCUUUAUCUUAUGUUUGAGUCAGCACUUCCAACAUGGCGAACACCGUCGAUCAGCUUCAAAACUCCCCUUCAGAAACCAAUGGGUGACACACAGGUCAUUAUUUUACACGAUUAAACUGCAGUACUUUAGUUUAAACUUGAAUCAGCAUGGAAAAUCUGACCAUUGUUAUGACAGCAGUUAUCUUUUUUCUGUUAAAUAGAUUCUGAGGAAAUGUUAGCCACUGGUUCAAAAGUUUUUUUCAGAGUUUAUUUGAAGACAUUGAUUCAAAAAUUCAGAGAAAAAAAGGUCAUUUAAUCGAGGAACAUUUGACCCUUUGACUGUCUACACCACUGCUGUCUUCCAUCAGCCAUUCUAGGCUUACCUUAUCAUGUUUAACGCCUAUGUUGUCAUCUGGGGGUCUUUUAGUCUCUGUGAUCAGAGCUGCACAGUCUUCUGAUUUCUUCUUGGGGUGAAUGUUUAAAACUACUCAAUUUAUGUUAUCUCUGAAACUUUUACAUUUGCUUUUAUAUGGAAAAGAAAUUAAGUCUGUGCAAAGACAAAAUUCAAAUAUUGGACAAUACUGUCACAAAAUCAAACCUUAGAUAAAGAGUUUAUCUAGAUGAUAAACAAAAUCAUGUUCCUUGACUUCUUAAUGCCAAUACCGUUUCAGAUGGUUAAAAAUAGUUUUAAAAAGUAGGUCGAUUUCACCUCGACCAUAACCAAAUUUCAACAUUGAAACACCAGUCAAGUUGAUAAACUGCUGAAAGAUAAUUUCAUCAGAGACAUCUAAACAGCAUCAGCAUUUCUGUAAAUUGCAUGACAUGUUAAAAAGUAUUGUUAGCUUACAUUUAUAUGAGCUUGCAAGUAGCUGCAUGUGAUGUUAGCAGCGGUGUGAUGAUAGCUUAUAGGUUUAAAAUUUGCCGAUUUAACAAAUGUUCUUCUAAACUCACAAUGUCAAAUUUCUUUUCUGCUACUAAUGAAUCAAGAAGCAGCAAAAUAAUCAAGAUCUGUUUCCUCCACUACAUUUACGAUGUUUAACACAGUCGCACAGCACCAAUAAUAUUGCUUGAGCAGCCCACCCUCAUCUUGAUGUCAGAGGAAAAUGGCCUCUGCGUGAAUAUGGUCAAUCAAGAGCACAGUGCAGUUGGUGCAUCAACUGUGAUUGACAUUGUAAUGUGAUCAGUCUUGUCUUGGCUCCUGACAAAGCACUUGCUCUAUACACUGAGCUGCAGAGUGUGAGAACAGAGCUCUUUCUAUCUCUUAAUGACUGAUGCAGCUGUCCUAAGGAGGCUGGAUGGGGACUGCAGGCUGGGAUCACAUGGUGGCCACUCUUCCUCACACAUGCUCCCAGUCUGUGGUACUGAGGAAAUGGUGGAUAGCUAGUGUUUCUGUGUAAAAAUAGGAAGUGAGUCAUGACCCUGAUCCUUCCAACAAUUAGAAAGGGGUGAAACAGGAAGCGUGCAGGAAAUGUAUGUGUUCAAAAAGCAAAGCAAGAGUUUGAUUUUAUCCUGGUGGCCAUGUUGGAGAGCGAACAAGCUGAGUUUGUUUCCAUGAGUUCAGAUGAAAAUUCAGCCCGGAGCCAUUUUUUGAUCAUGAGACUCCUGCUGUGGUUAGGCUAUGACUGUACACUGGUGUGUUUGUCUGCAUGUGUACGUCGUAGGCAGCCUGAUGGCAUUCAUUUAAGGCAAAGGAAAAACUUGACAGCUCAUCAGAAAAGUAACUCGCUCUUAUUUUCAAGAUAAAGUAAACGCUCUCCUUACAUUCCCUGCUCGCUCUGACAUUGGAAGCUACAUUUGAAGGUUUAGUUUUACGUAACACCAUGUUUUACAGUAGGACCUUGAACAUGAGCCAAAAACCACCUAUCCUGUCUUUUAAAUGUUCCUACUCUCAGCUGACAGAUCCGUCCAACCUGCACCUGACAAUGAUAAUAGGGUUUGUGACUUUCAGUUUGCACUGUACGCUUUGUUUGCCCAGGUAUGUUCUGACUGCUUCAUUUAGCGUAAUCAUCCUGGUAUGCCUGGCUACAAUGCGAUCCACAGGGCAAGCUGGCAAAACCAGUUUCACGAUGGGAGUAUGUGAUCCUGUUUUAGACCCAGGCAACCUCUCAACCUCUAAGUCAGCUGGUUUAUCUCUAUGAAGCCACUUCUUUAUGCUCCCAAACAUAGUCACAUGGCAGCAGUUUGUUGUUAGUAACCAGUCGUACUUGUUUGUAGGUGAUGACUAAAUGUCCUCACGAAACAUAUAAAGAAAACAAGAGUGAGGCAAUUAUUUCUAUUUUAGGACAUUUGCAUUGUGUUGAAAGUAUAAAAACAAAGAUGUUUUUUAUGUGUCGGAUGUAGUUCGGAUAAGAGAUUGAGAACAGUAUUUAUGAAACAAGGUCAGGGUUUUUCAUGUUUAUACCAUCCACAUGAAGCUGCUCUCUCAUACUUUGUGGUUAGUUUGGGCUCCUUAGCUGUUACCCCUGCUGUUUAUAGAACAAAACUGCAGAUCAUCAGAUACUCUUUUGAGAAGUUGACAGUUUAGUUUAUGAAAGUUUUAACAGAUUAUCUGGGUGAUUAUCUAAAAAGAAAACAAGAUUACAUUUUUGGUAACACUUUACUUGACGCCUAUCUCUAUGACGCAUUAUAAAUAUAUGUAUAAUACAUUAUAAUCACGUUAUAGCACUGUAUAACUAUAGUUAUAAACAAUCAUAAAUGAUCAUAAUGCUUUAUAGCAAUAAUCACAACACAUUAUAAAGCAUUUUAUCAUGACUUACAAGGUCAGGUAUUAUUAUGCAUAAUGCUUAUUGUUGUAAAGCCUUUUGAUAAUUAAUGAGUGUUUAUAAUGAUAUUUAUACAAGUUUAUAAGCAUAUUAUAACACAGCAUAAAUAAAUGUUUAAUGCAUUAUCUAUGUGGGCAUUGUCAGUGAGGUGUUAGCAGUUAUAACACAUUAUAAUACCUGAUCCUGUAAGUCAUGAUAAAAUGCUUUAUAAUGUGUUAUGAUUAUUGCUAUAAAGAAUUAUGAUCAUUUAUGAAUGUUUAUAACUAAAGUUAUACAGUGCUAUAACAUGAUUAUAACACAUUAUGCAUAUAUUUAUAAUGUAUUAUAGAGAUAGACGUCAAGUUAAGUGUUACCAAAUUUUCAUUGACCCUUAGAUCUCAUCAGAAACGAAGUCUUUUGGGAGAAUGUCUGUUCCUCUACAAAUAUUACUCGGUUUGCAUUAACAACUCGUACAUUUUACCGAUUAAAUGUAGGACAUCAGGGCUGUUGAAUUCAUUUUGCUUGUGUCUGUGUGUGUCUCCUCUAGCCAACAGUAAGAAUGUAAGCUGGCUGCCGGGUCGGGACGGAGAUGUGGCAGUCAUUGUGAUCGGGGAGAUGGACGAGCUGAGCUCGAAAUUCAUCAGCUCAGGUUUCGCAGAGAAGAAGACGCCAAAUCUCCAGAACAAUACAAGGUAAUACAUUUCUUUAAAUCAACACACAUCAACAAUUGAAUAGUACAUACCAUGAAAUGUAUGUGUCCUUUUUUUUAUAAGUUUGCAAUGAGAGCCUUAAACUUGGUCUUCUGCUCUAAACUGAAUGCUAUUGUGACACUGAAAAUAGUGAUUAUAUACUAAGAUUUGGUAUACUUUGAUUUUGUCCUGCAGCUAUCAAACUAUCUUAAAGGCCAGAAAAACUACAGAACCUGUUAAAACUGAGAGAGAAAACCUUCCUCCUGGAGUCUCACUGAAUCUGAAGGUAUGCCGCUCUUUGUGAGCACUUUUUAAAGAAUUUAACCAGUAGGCCGUAGAGUUCCCAAAACAAGUCCUCUAGAGUCAGGAGCCCUUCUUUACAGCUGAAUUUGAACCCUGACUACACCUGUAAUACUUCCUACCAGCCUCCUGUCAUUUUUGGUUAAAACUGGGAUAAGCUUAUAUGAGUAUACACACAGCAGGCAAUCUUAAUGAAAAUAUCAUCUGAGUCAAGCUGUUGAUGUUUGUAUCAUGUAGCCAGUGUUCUGUCUGGUUUUGUUACUUGGUUGGAAAGUGAGACAGUGCCAUGAAUACAGAAGAGAGAUGAUGCGUUUGUGUUAUUUGUUAUUGCUUGUAGGUCAUAAACAGGGUUAAGUGGUACUUAAAGACUAAGAAGAGCAUGCGUUGGUACUCUAAAAUGAAACUUUCUCUUUAGAUUUCAGAGGCACAACAGAUAGCAAAGAAGUUAUAUCCAGUAACGCAUUAUAACUUGCGGCUACAAACACACGCCAACAAGACAGAAGAGGCUAAAUGAUCGACAUGAGAUUUUAAGAAGAGAUAUAAAACUGAGUUUGCCUGUCUGACUUUCUCACAGUUCCACAGCUGUGGAGCACAAACUGCAAAUGCUCAGUCACCUCUUUUGACCAGACGAGAUUUAGGAACCACUUGUAGGGUCCUGCAAGAAGACCUCAGUCAGUGGUCAGGCUCAGAGGGAGUUAGCAGCUCACAGAUAUAGGCCGGCGCCAUUUAAGGCCUUAGAAAUAAGCAGAGUAAAAUCUUACAACCUUUUCCAAGACUCACAGUGAGGACUGGUGUUAUACAGACACCUGUAUGUGAUCAAAGCCUUGUUGCAGAAAAAUGAACUUCAUUACAAUCAUUGACGGUGAUGCAGCUGUGAAUUUACAAUCAGACGCUAUUGCCAAUUGAGAUGAAAACAAAAAGGAAGAGAAUAUAAGAUAUCAGGUAGAUUCAAACAUAAAGGAGAGUAAAACUGAAGGAACCGAUAAGAUGUGAUUGUAAAACAUUGCACUGUGACAACUGCAGCAUCAGUCUGUUGCCUGAUCAGUCACCUGAGAUGCCCUCAUACCUCCUUGAGUGGGCAGGGCUCCUAAAAUUCUUUAAAAACAAUAAGGAGUGAACAUGUGCGAAAACAGCAAGAGAGAAUUCAAAGUCUGUCAAGGUUAUUGUGUUUUAUUGGCUCCAUUUUCCUGUUAGUCUCUGUUGAGUUUAAUAUUGAUAUCCUAACAGCCUGAACUGACCUGUGUAUGUGGAUCAAUAGAACCUCUGUCUCAGCUUUUGGACUAACUUUUACAAAAGUCCUGCAGCGUCUUUUAGUUUUUUAAUCUUUGUAUUUCUGUCAAAUCACAGCCCAAACCAACACGUCCUCCAUGAAGUCACACUGCUAUCACUUAAUUUUCACCUCUGUUACCUGCAGUGCACUUUUACUAAAACAAGCUCUGCAUUUUAACAGUGCAUACAAAAAAAUCAGUCCUCUCCACCUUAAAUGCAGUCCCCUUGAUUUGAGCCUCAGUACUGUGUGAAAAUCAUCCUUCACUGUGGAUUAUUUACAGAGAAGCUGAUAUUUUGGGCAUGUGUGGUGUUUUUGUGUUUGCUGGUUUUGGAUUUUGGGGGGUGCAGGUGGGAGAGAGAGAGAGAUCUCCCUUUUUUCAUGCUAUCUUUAAGAGAGAUUUCCUGUGUUGUCAUGGCAACGUUGCACUAACUGAACCUGAGUGGGCUGGGCUUGAUGGUCUCAUCUGGCCUGACCACGAUGCUUCCCCGAGCUAAAGUCAAACACUGGGAGGAACAGAUUUUCUGUGCAGUUAUACAUUCAUAGUCAGUGUUCAUAUAUGCUUGAAACACUUACAAUAUGACGUCCUGGUUACUUACUUUAAACUCUGCAUUGAUUAUAAAACUAUUAAUGCACUAAACUGGCUCACAUGGUUGAACAGGAUGGGGUGUCGCCUUUGAGUAUUCUUAAACACGUCUCUUUUUCUCUCUCAACAGGAGAAAUGUGAAGAGGUGAACACUUUACUCCCUCUGGUGGUAAGUUCCUGUAACUGCCCGCUUUAAUUGUUAGGCCCUGUAAUCCUGGGUUGCAUCAUUGCUUGUAACACUGGUGUAAUGUCUUUGUUAAACCCACAGGUGUCAGUGAGUGAGCAUUCAUCACCUCCACCAGCAGAAAAGGUAGUUGUGAAUCAAACUUAUUGUAGAUUUUUGUUUACUCAGGCUGUAGUUUUGGCUUUCAUUGUGUAGUACUGCUUUCAACAAAAGUCUGCUAAGCAAGAAAGGAGAUUUUCUUGCUUUUCUUGCACCAAACAACAUCAAUCAAAGCCCAAAUGUUCCACUCAGGUUUAAAAGUCAGCAGACACAGUCCUCAGUGCUUUUAGAUGUGGCUUUGGAGUUCCUACGUGUCGUUUCAUGGCUGUCCCUCCCUUAGUGAGUAACAGGAAAUAGUGGUUAAGGCCAGCUGUCCCCUCACUCCCAGCCUCUCUGCAGAUCAUCUUUCCCCCAGCAUUCUCCCUCACUCCGGGCUCCCUCCCGUCUGAGCCGCCGCACCCCUCGCAGCUCUCUCCAGGGAACAGCUGAACUCAACCGUCCCCUCCCGCUGGCUCCAUCAUCGCUCAAGCCUUGAGUUGUCUGGGGAGUAUGCUCUCCUCCUUCCUUUCCCUUGUUUACGUGUGCACAAAUCUGAGAGUAUGUGUGUCUAUGUGGUGUGUGUGUAAGGGUGUGUGUGUAUGUGUGUGCAGGUGACACACACACACACACACACUCGCACCGCCAGAGCAGCUGAAUCGCAGAGGCAAGGCAGAAUUUCUGGACUGCCCCAGAACAGAUGGUUGAUGAACUUGAUCAGGGAAUUAAAAUGCCAGAGAUAGAGGAUGCGUCAGUCGCAGAUGGAUGGGAUUGUGGGAUAGUCUCCUGAGGUUUGGGCGCGUGAGCUCGCCUCUUUUCUCUGUUUUUCACUCCUCUUUACCGCAGAAAGACAUGUCUGUCCUUCACUUCUUAUAUCUAUACCAGACUCCUUAUAUGACAGGCCUCAACAUAUCUGCGGCCAGCCAAAACCAGUGAACAUUCAAACCCUUGGAGGACAAAUGUUCAGGUUUUUGGCUUUCUUCUCCUGAGCCUAAUACCAAGGCUUUAGUGUCAGUCGAUACUGUGUGCCCCCCUGAUGAUAGUACGAUCAGAAAAAAAGGGAAGAUGAUAUUAAGAUCCUUUAGUCCCUUAUAGGUCCUUACAAGACAAAUAAAAAUUUAAAGGGUUAAAAAGCUGCAAAGGGGCAUUGUAUGCUGUAAAUAAGUGCUUACUCAUAGGUUUAUUAACCCUUACAAGAUCAGAUAUGUACUAUUUCAGUGUCAAUGCCAAUACAACACUGAUAUCUGUGUAAGACGCCAAAAAAGUGGGGGUACAAGUGUCAUAAGGUGGUUUUUGAAGGGGUUUCUGUAUGAGACCAUUGCAAUGCCAGAGACUAGUAUGAUGCUGGUAUCAAUAUAUGAGGCUGGUACUCCAUUGGUAUUGACAGUGAGGGUAGAGUCAGGAGUAAACAGUAAAGAAAACGCUGCCUCAACCUUAUCGGCAAUUGUUUUUUGGUCCAUGAAUGUGUUGUCUUGCAGAUGGGCUGAUCUGUGUCUAGAAAUAGGAAGAGGCUGGUUUGGUGGCGCUGCGGAUGUAGCAGUGGGUGUUUUAAGUGCUGCUGCAGGUUUUCUCCAGUUGAUUUAAAGAGGGAAGGAGUCAGCCUGGGAGACGCGAGAGAGAGGAGAGAGUGAGAUUGUUGAUUAAGAAGGCGGGAGAUCAGGAGGGAAGAUUAGCGAGGCAGCCUGAUUCCAAGUCACCUUAUAAUUUUCUCUCUCCGCACAUCCUUAAACUCUUAAUCAGUGGUCAUAGCUUUGUGUGUUUCAUUACAACAGCAGUGUAGUCACUGGAGAACCGUAAUUUGCUGAAUCAUUUAUCCGGUGAUUUAAUCAAACAUGACAGUAAUUCCACUGUAUGUGAAUUAGCUGUCAACACUCAUCGCACUCCUCUGUCCCCUUUUUCUCGUCGCUCUUUCCCUUCAGUCGAAGUCGACCAGUGUGACGGCGGAGAAGUCAGUCCCCCAGCCCACCAGCACCAUCUGCUCCAGGCCUCCCAUGAGAGCCAGUCCUGUCAAUGUGAGACCGGCUUCGGCAAAUGCAACACCGGGUUCUGUCAACAUAGGGCCCGGCCUCGUAAGUCUGAGGCUGGCUUCUGCUGCAGUGUCACCAGCUCCUUCCUCCAGCAGCACCGCCAAGAUCGACUCAAGAGAGACGACGCCUGAGAAAGUUCUCCAGCGUGCACAAGAGCAAAAGAAAUCCCAAGAAUCACAUGCUGCGAAAGGUGGGUGCAAAUAGCAUCAUGUAGAGCGGUGCAUGAGGGUUCUGAUGUCAAAAUGAAUUUCAGACUGAUGAAUAUAUUAACAGCAAUACAGGCAAGUUUCUUCCCCUAUUAUUAUUUUACUUGUUUUGGAAAAUUGAUGUGAUAUGUGAUUCAAUUGAAUCUCAUAGCCUUAAUGUUUAUUUUUUUAAUAACAUUUAAAAUCAAGCUAAGUAAGACUGAAAAAAAAAAUCAGUUCAGUGACAAAAAAAAUGGUCUUUGUGUCUGUACAAAGUUGUUGAAUAGUUUUUAUGCUAAAUAUGGUGAAAUAUUCUUUAUUUUUGAAAAAUUUAAGAAUUGCUAUAAAUAUACAGAGCAACUGAUGUGAUAGUUUAUGUGCACACAGGACUGUAAUAGGUCUGAUCUUUGUGAGUUUGGCUGAAUUUUAAAAGCUGGGCUCAGAUGUUUGUUGCAAAUUCAGUCCAAAUUCCACCAGAUUACAUGAAAAUGCAAAACACCAUUGUAGACAAUCGGCAUUUGUGUCGACCUUAGCAGAACUAGACUGAACCCAGUUCAUAUGAUACAGGUUUUUUGGUGCUGUGGCAGGAAAGAAGGAUUAAUUUCUCGAAACCAUAAGUACCUCAGCCAAAUGGUGCCUCAGCCAAGUGGAAUCUUUAUGGAGUGGCAGAGUAAAAAGGGGCCAGCGUACAGGGGAACAAAGCCGACGUGACUGAAGUUUGUGUCGUGGUGCAACAUUACCCUUACACUCCUGCUAUAUUUGUAGCUUCUCUUUGUAAACCUACGGUUGUCAGUUCAUGGUACGCAUUGGCUGAGCUGUUUGAUCACGUUCGGUUAUGAUUUAUUCUUGAAUAUGGUCUUAAAGAGCAAUUUUACAUGAUUUUUUAAUCUAUUUGGGGCUGAGAUGAGCACGAGGAAGUGUCCAGAUAUUCUCUUAAAGUCUUAAAGGUUAAAGUUAAUUGUAACACUUACCUUGGUAAAGACCAAGGUAAUUUUCUAUGGCACACCAGUGAAAAGCAACCCUACAUUUGGUAAGAUAAGAUAAGAUGAGAUAAGAUGAAAUAAGAGGAACUUUAUUGAUCUCCUAAGUGGCACCUCUCAAGCAAUUCAGUUUCUGCUGAAUUUGUUCUGUACACUCAUCAUCUCAUCACCAUGGUACCUGUUGGUGGCAGCAAGUGAACCUUUUGUCCUCAAAGCUGAUGUUAGAAGUAGGAAAAAUGGGAAAGCGUAAGGAUUUAAGUGAGUUUGACAGCAGCCAGAUUGUGAUGGCUACAUGACUGGAUCAGAGCAUCUCCAAAACUGCAGCUCUUGUGGGGGGUUCCUGGUCUGCAGUGGUCAGUAUCUAUCAAAAGUGGUCAAAGGAAGGAACAGUAGUGAAGCGGCAGGGUUUAUGACUGUGCCAAUGCCAGGAAUCAGGGUGCCAAUGCUGACCCCUGUACGAUGGGCACGUGAACAUCAGAACGGGACCACAGAGCAAUGGAGAAGAAGGCAAGCUGGCAGAGGCAGUGUGACGAUGGGAAAGCUAGGGUCCUGCCAUCCAUGUAGAUGAUACUUUGACCACCUACCUAAGCGUCAUUUCAGACCAUGUACACCCUUUAAUGGAAACGAUAUUUCCUGACAGCUGUGGCCUCUUUCAUGAGCUUGAGGUGUCAACUUGGCCUUCAAAUUCCCCAGAUCUCAAUUCAAUCGAGUAUCUGUGGAGACCCCACCUCACAACCUACAAGACUUGAAGGAUCUGUUGCCAACAUCUAGGUGCCAGAUACCACAGCACACCUUCAGAAGUCUGGUAGAGUCCAUGCCUUGAUGGGUCGGGGGUGUUUUAGCAGCAAAGGGGGACCAACACAACAUUAGGCAGGUGGUCUUAACGUUACGCUUGAUUGGUGUAUUUCAACAUUUAACUCACUUAAUGAGAAUCUUUGUCCUAGAAAAUAUAAGAAAAGGCUGUUUUUGCAGCUUGUUGUCAGUCACAUACACUGACGCAUCAGGCAUAAAAGAAAUCACCAAUCUUGUCAUUUAUGAUCAUGAUGCUGUAAUAAGUCACGCAGAGGCAUCAGCAUUCAUUUCAUGAACAAUAAAAAUCUCUUCAGAAGAGCCUUACUUGCAGCAUUUUGUCAAUAGAAACACAUAAAAGUACAUAUUUGAUAAUUACAACAUUUUAGUGGUGUCGUCUUGCAUAAAUAAGAAACAAGAAAAGGAGUAGAUGACUUUCAAUGCUUUAGAGUGAAGUAGGAAACUCGUAACAAAAUCACUUCACAAGCUGCACCCUUUUCAAGCAAUACAAUGAAACUAUAUUUUCAUGUUUUAUUCAGCUUUUUACAAAGCAGUAAGAUAUUACUCUUUCUCUCCGCCUCACUCUAAGAGCUACUUGUGUAUCUCUGUCUUUUCAGGCUUUCAUUAAGCCUUGACUUACAUAAUAAUGUCACUUAUCGCACAGUAUGUAGAGUGAAUAACUUCAGGUUUGACCCUUGUUUAAUUUAUCAGAGCAAGUCCUAGACUUUCUGUCUGAACAAUGGACCCAAUUUCAUGAAUUGACUGAACACUCAUUCACUUCACAGUGACCCAAUUAUGCAGAAAAAGGGGCCAGUGAAAAGGUGAGGUUAGCACCAUCCAGUGGAAAGCAAAGAUACUGUAGGAGGAAAAAAGUCCAGUUGGAUAGAAAAGCUCCUCUCUAUAGGGUCCCUCUGCUGGAAAAAGGUUCAUCCUACAGCGCAUGUAUACUGUAAACACAUAGCAACAGUUUGAGGAAGCUGUGCGCGAAACUAUUAGACAUUAACAAGGAAAACUUUGGUUCAAAGUAAACUUUGGGAUUGGAACAUUUUGUGGAAACGCUGAAAAGCAUCACUCGGUUGAAAAGUCAAAACUUUUGUCUUAUUGUGGCUCCCAGGAAAUAAAGGAGACAGCGAUUUAGAGAGGUUCGCAGGGGUCAAUGCCAUUCUUAAACCUCUGUAGUGUGAAAUAAACGCAGAAUUCUAUUUAUUGCUAGUCGAACAAUAACAUCCAUCAUUGAACAAGAAAUUUAUUGAUCUCCAAAGGGAAAUUCAUUUAGGAUAGUUCCUUAAGAAAAACACACUCUUAAUAUCCCGCAGACAGAGAGUUCCUCAAGGUUGAGUGUCUGGUCUUCUUUUUCCUGCAUGUUUUUCUAGCACGUCUUAAAGAAAGCUGAAUGAGAGUGAAAAAUCAAUCCUCAAAACUAUUUCUAUUUUUCUGUCUUCUUUUUAAGUGGUUCUUUCGGAGAGUUCCUGGCUGUUUGUUGUAGAUUUUUUUAGGCCUAGGAAGUCACUCCAAAAGCCAGACACAGGAAAUCUGUAAGUCUGUAACAAUAUCAUCAAGCUGAAAUACCCUUGAAGUAUUUCUUAAAUCAUUCUCGAAUUAGACAAGACUGAACAAGAAAUAUCAUAAUCAAAGUAUGUUUGCAGUUGCAUAAAUUUUUGGCAGCAUAGGACGUGUUUUUGCGUGUAUUUUUGUAUCUAUAUAAGUAGCUUCAUAUGACAUUGGUUGACAAUGCCAUGGCAGCACAUCUGACAAAUGCAGGGAGAAGGAAACAAAAGGAAGAGGAACAGCUGUUUGGGUGGGAGUUGAGGUGGGCUGAACAUGGUUUUGAAUAAGUGUGCCUUGACUCUGAACAAAAAUACUGACAGAAUAUGUGUCCUCCACAAUGGCAGGAAGCUCGUUCCUCUGGGAGGAGGAGGACAGCUAUAGGAUGAGGCUCCAGCCUCAGCUGUUUUCUUUUGAAUGUUGGAAAUGACGAGGAUGUCUGCAUCCUGAAAGCACAAACUAUGGCCCACACAAGAUAUGUAGAAGGAGAGCUUCAUAAUUUGCUUUGGUGACAUUUAAGUGUGUUUACAAGUGCUCAGUGGAGCUGGACUUGGCUUGUUCUGGACUCCAGGGCAACAGACCUGUGAAUUUAAAAAGUUGAAUAAGAAAUUAGAUACCAUGGCACAGCUUAAACAUAUCUGAUAUUUUUUUGUUCAACUCCAGAUGAUAAUAAAUGAAAAAAUAUUAAGUUUCAGAGGUAGUUGUCAAAUAUCAGGAGAACAAUGAGGGAUAUUUUUGCAUGGUGCAGGAGAGCUCAGGAUUUAAAGGUGCUGUGAGGAGUUUUCAAGCAUUCAUUUAUGCUGGUGAACAUUUGGACCAAAGUUUCCAGGAUUGUUCUUCCUUGGAGUACCAUCACCUGCAGUUGCGAGAUGUAACAUGCCACAGCAAAUGCACACAUUAGGAGUUUUUUAGACAUCUGUAUAGAGGCUGAAAUUCACAAGUAUGCCUUUUUAUGAUAUCUAAAAGCAAACGCGACCAUCAGAAACAUAAACAAUAAAUUUUGUAUCAUAAUCUUUACUGCUUGAAUCCGGUGUGAGGGGGUAGGUGUCAGCCUGGAUAAGAAAUGACAACAUCUAAAAUAUUCACAAUUAAACAUAAGUUAGACUGUCUAAAGUCAGCAGGAUAAGUACUUUUUGUACACUGUUCAGGCAUUUGGCGGACGAGACAAACAAAGACUGUUGAUAUGUUGAUAUGAACUGAAAGUUCAUCUCAUCUGGUGUUGGAGUCACAAGCUAAAAUCAGAUCAGAAUAACUCCUGCUCCUGCAUUUUUAACUACCCUUGGACAUUGUUUCAUAGCACUUUUGUAGAUUUUAUAAAAUACUUCCAAAUCUGUUUUUUUUUUUUCUAGUCUCUGUCUCCUACAGUCUCUUUUCAUUCAAUGUUCAAUCAAUUUGUUGAAACUAACACCCACUACUUUCUUUUUUUUAUAACUGUAAUGAUAAAAGUAAAAGUCACUUCAAUUCACAACUUGAGGCUUUGUUUAAGUGAGAUGUCAUCUGCAUAAAAAGAACGUGUAAAGAUGUUUUUGUUUCUAUUUAAAGAAACGUUGCAGAGAAACAGAGUAUGAGUGAGUGUAGACCGAACCCUGGAGCUGCAGAAAUAUGUGUUGUGUUGCAUGUGUGCUGUAUCACAUGAUUUAAGCACAUGUGAGCGUGAAAGUGUAUCAAUCUCCAGCAGCUGGCGGUGUGUGUCUGUGUGUUUUCGUGUUUAUAAAUCCUUCCCUUUCUGUCGGGCGGCCGGUCGGCUUUUCCUCUCCUCUCUCUUCACCUUCAGAGGGAAGGACACACAUUCCUGCACUGCUUCCCGACUCUAGCCCUGGGCGACGCUCAGCCAGAGCUGAUAAGUGACAGGGGCCCCAGCCCCCACAUGGGAGGGGCCCCUCCCCACGCCAACACACACACACACACACACCAACUCCUCUCCCUGCCCUUCAGACCACAGACACGCUGCUUGGGAAUUCUGCCCUCUGCCCCACUUCUGCCCCCCUCACCCUCCACCCCUCCGCUCUUUCUGCGCCAGAGACGUGGAGGUCUUUAAAGAGAUAGAUUGGUCUUUAAUUUUUGUGCUAGCCUGGUCAGUGACAAGGCUUCCCGCCCCUUCCUCUUUGUCCUCCCUGUAGAUUUUACGAGCUGGCCUGAGAUGUGAGGAGUGGCGCACGAAAGCUCGAAUGGAAGAUUAAUCAAUCUUGACGAGUGAUUUAAUAGCGGGAUUCUCUUUUAUUUUAAUAGGUGUUUUUGCAGAUAGUUUUUUAAAGGCUGUUUUUGCGGCUGGAGCUGAGACUGCUGAGGAGAGUUUCAGGCAGAAAGGCGUGGGGUCUGAACAUUUUUGUUGGGUGUGUGUAGACAGGUUGGUCAGGUUACCUGUGGGAGGGUAUUAAGCUCAAAGAAAUACUCUCCUAUGAUAUGUGAAUGUAAUAUACAUGUUUUAUUUCUACCCAUAAGUCAGUAUUUAUAAAACCUGUUCCCCUUCCCCAGCUCGCUAUCUCUGUGUCUCUCUAUUAAGUAUUCUGCUCAGACCUGCACCGAGCCUCUGAGCUCAAAAAACUCUCUGACCAUGAGUGUGUAUGUGCCUGUGUUUGUGUGUGUGUAUGUGUGUGUAUGUGCUCGGUGCGUGCCUGAAUGUGUGUCAGCCUCAAUUGCUGGAGCCUAUCCAAGGUUUCCGUGGUGACCACACAACACAACGAGACAAUCAGAGGCAAGCCCACGCAGCGCGGCGAGAGGACAUUAACACAGGAACCGCGGGUCAGGGGGCAGAGGAAGGCAGGGCAAGACAGGGGGAGAGGAGGAGAUGAAGAGGAGGGCGGAGGGAGGUGUUAGAGCCACAGGGAGAGGGGAGUGAGGAGAGAAAGAAGAGUAAACAACAAUAAACAAUAACACAACCUUAAAGGCUACUUUAGGUCUCUCCUUUUCAUGGCUGCAAGACAUCAAGAGACUUUAAAGGUUCCCCAGCCCCAGGAGUGCCUGUGCAGUUUUGGCUGCACCCCACCUCUCUGUGUGUCUGAUUGUGAGUGUGUGUGUUCGGUGUGAGGCAGAGAUGAGUGCAUGCGUGACUGAAUCCAUGAGCAGGAGGGCUGUGCAAAGGUGCAUGUCUGCGUUUGUGUUCAUGUGCGAGCAUGCACGCACCUGAAUGUAACAUGAGAACACGUAUGUGUGUGUGUGUGUGUGUGUGUGUGUGUGUGUGUCCUUUGGAAAUUCAACUGCUAGAAACUGUGUGUACACUUGUGCGUGUUUGGGUUUUAGUUUGCAUGUGUGUAUGUGUGUGUAUGUGUGUGUGCCUCUGUGUUAGCCUGUGCGCGUCCGCAGACGUGCACGCGGGCGCUCUCACAUAUCUCUGUCCCCCGGGGAUGACGCUAAAAAUAUGUGGCUCCUCAAGCCUUCUGGUGUCUGAGCAGCGUCUGUCUGCUCUCCAUUGCCGUCCCUGUGGCCCUCCCUCCCUCCCCUCCAUUACUCCUGUUCCCUCCAUUCCUCCCUCAAUUACACCCUCUUCCAAACACAGUACCUCUGCAAGCACACACACACACACACACACACACGCACACACAGAGCGACUACACCCAGCUGUGUCCCUACUUCACUUCCACUGAGGAUGACCUCUGCUCAAGCAGAGAGGGGAUAAAGGGAGGCCAGUGAAAAGGAGGGAAAAACUGUAGAAAUGAGUGAAGGGAAGUGUGGACGGAGUUUUUGAAGGAGAGAAAAAAUCGAGCAAACUGUUAGCUGGAUUUCUUCUUUUAUAUCAAGAGCAUACAUGUGUUGAAAGUUUAUAACGAUCAAGGAUUUGUCAAUAUAUCAGUUCACAAUGUUUUUCACCUGGAUGCUUCUAACGCUGUUCUGCUUCCUUAAAGAGUUUCUCUUACUGCUUACUGCAACCAGACACUGACCACUACUGUUCAAUAUAAAUAAUAAAAGGUCCCAGUGAGAGUGGAAUAGCCUUUAGAACAUUUCAAUAAUUCUCAAUAAAAUGAGAUUAUUUAACAAAAUGCAAAUAAACUUGAGUUAUGCUUUAAAAUCCCUAGAGUUAAAGAGUUUAUUUAAAGAUCCUAACACAGUGUAAGUCUCGGUGUAGCGCAAUAGAGAGUGAGGAAAUAAACCAAAAUAACAACAAAGCUAGAAAUAAAGUUUAACGUUAAGAAAAAUCAAUAUUCUUUAUUCUGGAUGGUUUAUUAUUUACAGCUGUUAGCAUUAAUGGGAUUCAGGUCUGAAAAUCAACAUCUUUGAGUAAUUUUUGUCAUGUGCUUUUUUGUCCCUUCUGGUGCACUGUAGUUAAGCAGCUGCAAGUUCUUCCUGCUUCUUAAAGCUGCCAUGAUGAAAAUAAUGACGCGCUGCUUUUGAAUGUUGAAUCACACCUUAAGAAACUCUGAUUAGACUCAGUUGACCACUCUCAAGUGUUGUGCAUUUUAUGUCAAACAGUCCUUUUAGUUCAAGUUACUGACUAUGAGCUAAGUAUGCUUUUGCAGCUAAUAAGACAUAUGCUAUGCUAGCUGUAGUCAAGUCACAGAAGUUAUUUAGGCUUCUAUAGAAAUAUAGAAGUUAAAGAUGGCAGCCCGUGUCUAUGUAUUUUUAUAUUUAGGUGAUUUAGCAAUAAUUCAAACAUACUUGUGAUUAUCAUAUUCUGUUUUUAUUGAUUCUGUUCUGGUGAAUGUUAUCUAAUGAAUAUCUAAUGAAUGUCUAUCUGUCUUCUUUUUGGGUUGUUUACAGAGAUCAGUUUAGCAGAGGCACUUCGACGAGCCGGUCCAGGGGGCACUAUAUCGGCAGCCAACACCCUAAGCCGUGCACGGCACGGCCGGGUGGCUCAGCUGAUGAAAACCUUCAGCGCUGAGGGCGCCACACCCACCUCACAGACCGUCCCCCGCGGCAUCAAGCCUCCUCUUCCCACCAAGCCUAGCCACCUGCGUAUAACCACCACGCCCACAGUCAGGUAAUCUUCGCACUGAUGCACAGACGCCCACUCAGCUUCAUCCCUAAAUGCAGCCAUACUGGAUUCUCCGGGGGCAUCGAACAUGGAGCUUCUGCAGAGUGGGCUGAUGGGGUUGAGAGCUCCAAGGAGGCUCUCAGUUCACAAUGUAACUAUCACUUCCAAAGCACAGAAAUGGAGAUGCUUGAAUGUAAGAUCCUUUUGUUUGUUUGUUUGUUUGUUUUUGGAUGCUGCAGUCCUGUCAACACGAUUUGUGGGGAAGUUUAAAUCUAUUAUAUAAGCAGGGUUAUCGAUGUCUAUCACAUGUAUUCGCUUUUUUGACGCUUUCCACUUUGUUAAACAUGUGGAAAAAUACAUUGUUAUGUACAGUUUUCAGUCCAAUUAUAAACCCUGCACACACAAUAUUGGUUCCUUACCAAAAUCAUUAUUUUUAUCACCGGUUUUUGAGGCUCAGUAUUUGAGGUUCAGGACAAAAGAAUGGCCAUGGGACGGCCUAACAGGGCGAACGAAGGCUCAGUAGGGUGCUCCUUCAUGUUGCCUUCUCCUCCCUGGGACCUGUGCGGGGUUGUUUAUUCGACUCGAAGCAGUGUAUGUCUCCCUGUGCCACCUGGCAGGAGCCUCUCUGCGACCUGUCGUGGACCAAUGACAGUGCCAAAUGCCUCAUCUGUCUCUCCCUGCGGAUCAAGUUAGACAGUGGCUGCCAAACAAUCCAGCUUCUCUAUUUUUAUUGAGAGCUCUACAAGUGAUGUGUGGUUGUAUUUCAUGGUAUGUUGUUUUUUUUUACACUCUUUAUAGGGAGGAGAACGUUUUAUAAUGGGAUAUUUAAUGUUGCUACAAUGCUCACCUGUACAUUUUUAAUCAUUUAAGUCUGGCUUGUAUGGUGCAAUCAAAGAAACAAUAAAAAUAUGUAACUUUUACAUCUUC